UUCACUUGUUUAUUUACUUAUCUUCCCAACCAAAAGUAAAAAUAUGCUCUUCAAGUGAAAAUGAAUUCGUCAAGUUUUAAUAUGUUUAAAACAGACUUGGAUAUAAGUUCGAUGUCCAACAGCAGCACCGAUGGAAACGCAUCGACUUCCGAUCAUGAAGAUUUCGUUCAAAAUCUUAAUUUUUCAUCCAGAUCUUUAAGAGAGGUAGGGCUCACGCCGAUACGAAAACGAAGAGGGAAUUUGCCGAAACACUCCGUGAAAAUUUUAAAGCGUUGGUUGUAUGAGCAUCGAUACAACGCAUAUCCUAGCGACGCUGAAAAGCUUACACUUUCCCAAGAAGCAAAUCUUACUGUUUUACAAGUUUGUAAUUGGUUCAUAAAUGCUCGUCGGAGGAUUCUUCCUGAAAUGAUAAGGCGUGAAGGCCACGACCCCUUAAAUUAUACAAUUUCGAGGCGAGGUAAAAAGCUAGCUGUUAUGAGAGCUGAUUAUGGCAGAGUUGGGUGGCGUAAUGAAUUUGAUUCCAUACUAGCCAAGCGCAUUCACUUGCCUCAAGAUAGUGAUGAGAGUUUUACGUUAGUUUAUCCUUCUGAAGAGGAUGCUGUCAAUUAUUAUGAUAGUUCAAGUGAAGAUGAAAAAUUUAAAUGGAAUAUUGGAAAUGAAACAGUUUCUACAAAUCUUAACAAUUAUUCUGGCCCAAAAGUUCAAGUUAUGCCUGCCAAUCAGAUCGAUCCUGAUCCGUUAUUGUUGGAAGAUCCAGGCAACAUCAAAUUUAAAGGCCUUCGGUUGCUCGUAGAAACUGCCGUUGCAGUCCGACAAAGAGAAAAGGAACACAACAAUACCGAUUAAAUUAGAAAACCCCUUGAUGUAGUAACUUAAUCUAAAUCCUUUGUAAGAUGUUUUGUAUAUGUAUAAAAAAUGUUAUUGCUCGCAAUCUUUUUUAUUAUCCUUUGGCGAAUACAAUAGCUCCCAGAAGCUAUUUGUUGACUCAGACUUCUUAAUUCUUUCAAUCCCUGUAACGCUGGCAACAAAAUAUGUUUGAAUGUUUUAUACUGCACUUAAUAAUAUUAAACUAGAUUUCUAAAUUAACCUUGGUUGACGAACAUUUCAUAAUUUCAACUAGAUAUUUGGAAAAUUGAAGUACAUUUGGUUUACCUUCAUUAAAUAAUACAUUGGCAAUUACUAAUUUAAUAAGCCUUUAAUAAAAUGAUCCAGUAUAUUGCUAUAUUUAUUAAGUAACCUUGUAAAAUGAACUACAUAUUGUAUUGCAUAUUUAUGGAUUUGAGCCGAGAAAGUUAUCU